UUUGCGUUUGACUCUCAUCCCCCUCCUCUCACAACUCCCUCUCUCUUUCUCAGACUCUCUCUCUCUCUCUCUUCUCUAAUAUCUUUGAUCGCUCUGCGUACCUGCGCUUUCUGUUCUUGUCCUACUAUUUCAGAAACAAGCGUCCCUUCUUAUUUCGGUACGCAAACCCAGGAAUCUCUCAAAAACAAUAAUAGAUAAGAAGGUCCAAAGCCAUCAAGACGGUUAGAUUGAGAGAUAAAGCCUUCUUUGGGCAUUUGGGUCUUCUGAGAGCUUUGUUCUAUUAUGAGCAAUAAAGGGCUCGUGGAGUUCUAAGUGCGGGUCUGGAUUUGAAUCUUCGGUGGUGCGGACGGGGGGAGAGUAAGUCAUGGCUGGUAGUAAUGAAGUCAACCUAAAUGAAUCCAAGAGGAUUGUGCCACUUAAUACAUGGGUUCUAAUCUCAAAUUUCAAGCUAGCUUACAAUCUCCUUCGCCGUGCUGAUGGAACAUUCAACCGUGAGUUGGCAGAGUUUCUUGACCGGAAAGUCGUUGCCAAUUCGAUUCCAGUUGAUGGAGUUUUCUCCUUUGAUCAUGUUGAUAGAGCCACCGGCCUUCUUAACCGGAUUUACAGACCUGCCCCAGAAAAUGAGGCUAAAUGGGGCAUUAUAGAGCUUGAAAAGCCCUUGAGCACGACCGAGAUUGUCCCGGUCAUAAUUUUUUUCCAUGGUGGAAGCUUCGCCCAUUCUUCAGUCAGCAGUGCUAUUUAUGACACCUUUUGUCGACGCCUUGUGAAAAUAUGCAAGGCUGUUGUGGUUUCUGUAAAUUACCGCCGAUCACCUGAACACAGAUACCCUUGCGCGUAUGAUGAUGGCUGGGCUGCUCUUACUUGGGUUAAAUCGAGAACAUGGCUUCAGAGUGGGAAGGAUCCCAAGGUUCAUGUAUAUUUGGCUGGAGAUAGUUCUGGUGGUAAUAUUGUUCACCAUGUAGCAGUGAAGGCAGCUGAGGAAGAAGUUGAAGUAUUAGGAAACAUCCUUCUUCAUCCACUGUUUGGUGGGCAAAAGAGAACUGAAUCAGAAAAGAGAUUGGAUGGUAAGUACUUCACGAGGAUUCAAGACCGCGAUUGGUAUUGGAGAGCUUAUCUUCCUGAAGGUGAAGAUAGAGACCAUCCGGCAUGUAACCCAUUUGGCCCCAGGGGCAAAAGCCUUGUGGGAAUCAAGUUUCCUAAAAGUCUUGUGGUGGUUGCCGGAUUGGAUCUUGUCCAAGAUUGGCAAUUGGCUUAUGUUGAAGGGCUCAAUAAAUCUGGCCAAGCUGUGAAACUCCUUUAUUUAGAGCAGGCCACCAUCGGGUUCUACUUCUUUCCAAAUAAUGACCAUUUCAACUGUCUCAAGGAGGAGAUGAGCAGCUUCGUGAAUACUGAUUGUUAAUAGAUCACUUAACCUUACCUACAGCAGCCAUACUUAACAGAAGCUUCACAUCUCACUUAGGUUCUUUUUUUUUUUUUUUUUUUCCCUUUUGCUGUGGUGUGUAGUUGUUAUAUGAUUGUGUAGUGUUACUUCUUAAUCUGUUGCCAAUCAUGGUGAUUAUUAGGCAGUUCUGCAACUGUUGGGAUUGGUUCUUCUUGUCUUGAGAUUACUGUGUCUUUUACAUGCAUAAAGUCAUUAAAUCAGGGAAGGCCACUUUCAGCAGCUCGGGGAUAGUCAGAACUCAUUCAUUUGAUUUGUGGGAUUUGUCUGAAACACCACCAGGUAUAUUAUAGCUUACCCUGGUGAGCUUUCAGCCACGAAUAGCGGGAAGAAAGAAGUAUUUGGGUAAUAUUUGGUGGUUGAUCGAUCUGUUUUAGUAAACAGAUGUCAUUUAUCAGCACUAAUUUCAGGAAAAUGUACUGGAAUAUAUCCAUCAUGUAAUGAACUUGUAUGUCAUACUCGUGUUCUUAGUUAUAUACAGAUUUUGUUUGCCCUUUA